CACACACAUUUACAUAUAUAAUAUAAUAAUAUUAUAUAUAUCCGAGUCAAAUAUCAUAUAUAUAUAUGUAUGUAUAUAUAUUAUUAUGUGAGUGUGUAAGAAAAAAAGGGCAAGGGCGAGUGUAAUUAAAGGUGUAAUGGGAAGGUCUCCUUGUUGUGAAAAAGCUCACACAAACAAAGGCGCAUGGACCAAGGAAGAAGACGACCGCCUCGUCGCCUACAUCCGCGCCCACGGCGAAGGCUGCUGGCGGUCGCUGCCUAAGGCCGCCGGACUCCUCCGCUGCGGCAAGAGCUGCCGCCUCCGCUGGAUCAAUUACCUCCGCCCUGACCUCAAGCGCGGCAACUUCACGGAGGAGGAAGAUGAGGUCAUUAUCAAACUCCACAGUCUCCUCGGCAAUAAGUGGUCGUUGAUUGCGGGAAGGCUGCCGGGGAGGACGGAUAAUGAGAUUAAGAAUUACUGGAAUACGCACAUCCGCCGGAAAUUGUUGAGCCGGGGAAUCGAUCCGACGACUCACCGUCCGAUCAAUGAGCCGCCGGAAACUCUGAAAGCUUCAACGAUUUCGUUCUCCGGCGCCAAUUCGAAGGAGAUGGAUGCGAAAUUUGGGGGUAAAGACGAUCGGAGCGACGCCGGCGGCGAUCAGCGGUGUCCUGAUUUGAAUCUAGAGCUCAGAAUCAGCCUUCCGAACCACCACGGCGGCGACGGCGGCGAAGAAGACGAAGACGAAGAAGAUGAUGAUGAUGAUAGGUUUGAGGCACGUGGAAGAUCGGACGGUGGAAAUUCGUGCUUCGCUUGCAGGCUCGGGAUUCAGAACAGCAAGGAUUGCAGCUGCGGCGGCGGCGCCGCCGCCGCCGGCCGCCGCCAUGGGAGUGGCAGAAGAGGCAAUUCCGGGUAUGAUUUUCUGGGGCUCAAAACCGGGGUUUUGGAUUACAGAACUUUGGAGAUGAAGUGAUCGGCCGGAGCCGGAGUCUUCGCCGGCGCCGGCGCCGGCGAUUCUGGGAUCAAGCUUCAGUCUUUUUUUUUUUUUUUUUAAAUUAUAAUUUUUUCUUUUAUAUAAUGUGUAAUAACAAUUAAAGCAAAAUUAUUUAAUCAGAAAUAUAUACAA